AUGGAGGAGCCUGCCAGGAGCCCGGAUGGCAGCGAGCAGUGUCCCCAGGGCAGGGAGCUGAUGGCCAGCAGCACGGGCAGCACGCUGUGCAUGAGCUCCUCCCGCAGCGAGUCCGUGUGGACCAGCAGCACCCCCAGGAGCAGGUGGGACAUUUACCGCAAGCCCCUGGUGGUGGUGGCCGUGGGAGUGGCCAUCUUCCUCUUCGGGGUGGUCAUCACCAGCCUGGCCUGCUUUCUCAAGGAGCACAAGAAGGUCUACAAGAUGUCCGGCCCGGCCUUCCUGUCCCUGGGACUGAUGCUCCUGGUAUGCGGCCUGGUGUGGAUCCCCAUCAUCCGCAAGAAGCAGAAGCAGAGGCAGAAGUCCCAGUUCCUGCAGAGCCUCAAGUCCUUCUUCUUCAACCGCUGAGGGCAGCCAGGAGCUCCUCCAGGAGGUUCCCUGCCCUCCUCCAGCCCGUGUUGAUCAGCCUUGAGAGCAAACACUUUCUUGUACUUCCCAGAGGAUUUCACCCCUGUCAGUGGCUUCCCUCCAGUGUGAAAAUGAACUUUGUGCUCCAUCCACGUCAUCCCAGGGAAAAAGGAGCAGGAAUUUCCAGCUGAGCCCAGCAAGGCAGGUCCCAGGUCUCUGCAUCACCUCCCUGUCCAAAGAGUGACCCAAGAGCACAAAGUGGGUAAAGCACAGCCCUAGAGGAGCCUGGGCUGAAGCAAAACCCCAAAGGAACCCAGAUCCCCCAGGGGCUGAAGCAAAACCCCAAAGGAACCCAGAUCCCCCAGGGGCUGAAGCAAAACCCCAAAGGAACCCAGAUCCCCCAGGAGGUUCUGCAGGAUCCACCAGCAGAGGGGAGAGGAGCCACAAUUCCUUCCAGCUCCCUGAAUAGCCAGAGAGGCUGGAGGGUCUGCACAGCAGCAGGAGACACAGCAGAAGCAGAGGGACACAAACCCUACAGAGGGUCCCAAAUCCUACAGAAGGUCUCAGAUCCUACAGAGGGUCCCAGCCCCUGCUGCUCCAGACACCUGGCAGGGCAGGGACAAGGGAGAUGUGUCUGGGAACGGUGUGAGCUGUGGGAGCUCAGGGAGCUCAGGUUCUCUCCCCACACUCAGCCUCCCCCUGGUCCUCCCUGCUGAGCUCCCUCCUUUCUGCCACUCCAACACCUCUGCCUGAAGCUGUGCCUCUCUCAGGGACCUGAGAGCUGAGCCUUUGUGUGUCCCCAUCCUGGCUGGCAGGGAGCUCAGGCUCACCCUGGCACUCGUGCCAGUCUGUGACCAGGGCUGUGUGCCUGGGUGUGCCCUCCAUGCUCUCAUGAUCCGUGUGGGCAGAGCUGGAGGUGGCACAUCCCAUCCCGGCAGCUGGCACAGCUGACUUAGGAGUGUUUGAGCACACAAAUCCCUUUGCCUCAGGCUCAGCCUGGCCCUGAACUUUGUUUCCUGAUGGUGCAGACACCCCUGUGCAGGCAGUGCCAGCUUGGCUGUGCCAGGCCUGGCAGGGACCCAGCAGAGCUCUUUGUUCCUGUGCCAUCCCUCGUGCCAUGCCACGCUCGGUGCUGUUUGCAAUCCUGCCCUGGCACAGCUCCCAGCCCCUGCUCCUGCUGCUGCCACGGGCAGGGAUGGUCCCCCAAAAGGAGGAGCCUGUCCUGGCACAGCUCCCAGCCCCUGCUCCUGCCCUGGCACAACUCCCAGCCCCUGCUCCUGCCCUGGCACAGCUCCUAGCCCCUGCUCCUGAUGCUGCCACGGGCAGGGAUGGUCCCCCAAAACUCCUGCUGGGGCAGCUGCAGCCAGGUGGGCACCAGGAUUCAGCAUGGGAGACCAGGAGAAGGUGGAGA